GGAUUGGGUUUUAUCGCAUCGUCUCUUUCUAAUUAACGUCCCAUCUCGUUUCCUUCGUUGUUGUCAUUUGACAAAGAGGAAAUAAAAGGCACAGCUCGCUCGCAGAGGUCAAAUUUGACAGAUGAAUGUUUUAUGAGCACAGUGGCUUCGAAGUGUUCUGCCCCCUGCAUUCUGUAGCUUCUCCAGCGACACAGCUUCAAUCGGUUCGGGAAGUAUUUCAGACUUAUCAAGAUGAUUGAUAUUAAGCAAAAUAUUACGGAUAAAAACUAUAAUAAAGUGCUGGAUGCGCUAAACUCGUUGAAUAUAAGCGAUGCCGAGAUAGACACGUUCCGUCGGGAAGUCUCCACAAUUAUAGAAAGUUUUUACGCUUGCCAUGAGUCGGAAGACGAGGUCGUGAAUCGUGUGGCCAUCAAGUGCUUGAACCUGCUGAAACGGGCCUGCGCCCGGGGAGAAUCGUUUCAGAACGCAAUCGUUGCCCGGGUGGAAUUCCUGGAACGCGUGCGUGACAUGCUGGUGAACGAGAAAGGCACCGUACCGCUAAAUGUCCGCAACAACUGUCUACAGCUGCUGGCCAACCUGUGCGUGCAGAACACUUGCAAUCAGGAACGGAUCAUUACGUUCAUGCACACGUUUCUGCACACCAGUGUGUCUUCCAACGGAGGGUACGCGAACGCGGCGGCUAUGAUUUUGUACAACGGGUUCAUCUACAAGACCGUAAGCCUGGAGUUGGCCGACAUUUUGAACCGUCUGUUGGACAAUGUUGAAGCGAACCGUUUGGCACAAACCGAAGUGCCGGAGUUUGUGUGCAUAUUCCUGGAGUAUCUAAUAGCGGAAAGCAACGAGAUGGUGCAGGUGCUGGAGACGAUGGAUGCUAGCAAACGGAUGCUGCUUUUCCGGUACCUCAUCGAGUACAUACGGCAGGAUGACCGGCGCAUUCAUCCGAUCCAUCCGGAUGUGUUUAAGCAUCUGUUGGCUGAGUUUAAGAAAAAAUCGGACAUGAUUCUCAAGACGGACAAUGUGCAGCUCGAUGCCCAGGACACGGAGGAAGCGUUUACGCUGCUGGUGCUGCUAGCGGAUGCGACGUGCGUGGAACCAUAUGGAUCGUUUCUGCGCCAUGACGGAGGGUUAUUUUUAAACUUUGGCUGUCUUUUGCGCCAAAUGCAGCUGCUGGGCAAGUCCGAAACGAAGAACAUGUUCACCCCGGUGCAGAAAAUAGAGGAAAUCUUGAAAAUCAAGCAAGGCGACAGUGAGCUGGACAUUGAGACGCAGAUUUCGUACUCAUUGCGGUCGGCAGUGGUAAAAGCGUUGGCCAAUUUGUCCUACAAGUCGAAGAAAAAUCAAAAGCUUGCCCGUGAGAUGGACAUCAUGGCAGCGAUACUUGAAUGCACCAAUCUGGACGCUCGCAAUCCGCUCAUUAAGGAAUGGAGCAUUCUGGCGAUCCGCAAUCUGUGUGACGAUAAUCCGGAAAAUCAGCAGUUCAUAGCGGGACUGAAGAAGCUGGGCGAUGCCGAAAAUGCGCUCAUCACGGAGUACAAGUCCGGCACGAUUCGAAUCAGUGAAAAUGCCCGAGGCAAAAAGUAGUUUUUCUCCGUAAGGCUGCUAUUUUUUUGAUCUUUUAUUUGCUAUCUUGCCCCGUUGGUUGACUAGGAACGGGCGAACAGUUUGGUCGGAAACUGUUCGUACAGCAGUUGAGCGUUUGGCUUACUGACAGGCUUUGGCGAUGAUCUGAAAUUGAGGGAAGAGGGACAAACAUCGGCGCAUGUACGAUACGUACAUUCAAUACCCAUUACCCAAUAAAAUUGUAAGAGUAUUUGCAGUGCUUUA